AUGAUGGCGCAAAGGCCCUCAUUUCGCUUCUUAGCCACCGGCGCUGUGGUAUCCCUCUUUUUCCUCACAUUCCUUAUCCUUGGAUUUCAACGAUCCGGAGGCUCCACACGUUAUUUUCUGAAGAGUUCCCGGCCAAGUCCUCCACAGUGCCCAUCAGUUGAAUCUUCGGCUCCGAGCAAUGAUGCAUGGGAGUUUGUCGUUGGGCGUGAUGGACAGAAUCAUGGUCUUUCGGAGGAGCAGUGUCGUAUUGCAUUCCCGAAACUUUAUGCCGAAAUCGACAAGUCUGUUUUGCUGAAGCAGGAGAAACACAUUACCUACAAGGAGCUUGAUUCGCGGGAUGUGGAGGAAGGCAUGGUGCGGGGGAUCAUCGAUCAGGGAGAGCUAUAUAUCGUCGAUUAUGCUGCAAUGCCCGUUACAGGCACCCGGGCUCGCUCCACAUUGAACUCACUACACCGCGCUCUGAAAGCAUACCCAGCUCGCCAUCUACUCCCCAGCAUUGAAUUCACCUUCACAACAGAAGACUUCGCCGAAGACCCAUCAGGAACCGGCCCAAUCUGGGCAUACUCCAAACGCGAUGGAGACGACUCGGUCUGGUUGAUGCCUGACUUCGGAUACUGGGCGUGGCCCGAAGUACAAAUUGGGCCAUACCAUGAAGUUCGACAACGCAUUGCCGCAAUUGAUGAUGGUGAAACACUGGCAGAUGGCACAUUUGUCCCGGGGCUAGCAUUUCAAGACAAGAAGAAGCAACUCGUCUGGCGCGGCAGUCUUGCCACGAAUCCCGCCAUACGUAGCAAGCUGCUCAAGACCGCUCUCAGUCGAAGCUGGGCUAGCGUCCGUGUUAUCGACUGGGACGACGAGAAUGACAUCCGAUACAACCUCCUCCCGAUGGAAGAUCACUGUCGAUAUAUGUUUGUUGCGCACACUGAAGGCCGUAGUUUCUCCGGCCGGGGCAAGUACCUCCUCAACUGUCGCUCAGUGAUGAUCUCGCAUCCCCUCGUGUGGCGUGAAGCGCACCAUGGUGCACUUGUUUCAUCGGGCGCCGAUGCGAAUUAUAUUGAGGUUGACCAGCAUUUUGGGGAUCUAUCCUCCAAGAUUGAUUACUUGAUUGAUAAUCCGCAGGUAGCGGAGCGAAUCGCUGAUAAUGCGGUGCGGACGUUCCGAGAUCGUUAUCUCACUCCUGCUGCAGAGUCGUGUUACUGGCGGCAUUUGGUCAGACAGUAUGCAUCGGUCUCUGACUUUGAACCAGUUUUGUUCUCUACAGAUCGGGAUGGAAAGAAGUCACCUCGUGGUGUCCCCUUUGAGACAUGGCUGCUUAUGCAUUGA